AUGCAUCGACGCGGGAUAACUUGGAGCUUCACACAACACCUUGAAGACCUAGACUACGCCGAAUAUAUAUGCCUCCUAUCACACAGACUCAUCGAUAUACAAGCCAAGGCGUCCGACCUCGAGAAGAGAGCCAACGCAGUAGGCCUCUCCAUCAACGCAUCAAAGACCAAGGCGAUGCGGUUUAAUAACUCCAACCAAGGUAGCAUCACCAUCAGCGGUAAAACAGUCGAUUUCGUCGACCACUUUACCUACCUUGGCACCAUAAUAUCAUCCAGUGGUGGAGUGGAAAAAGAUGUAGAGAGCAGACUACUCAUCGAUAUACAAGCCAAGGCGUCCGACCUCGAGAAGAGAGCCAACGCAGUAGGCCUCUCCAUCAACGCAUCAAAGACCAAGGCGAUGCGGUUUAAUAACUCCAACCAAGGUAGCAUCACCAUCAGCGGUAAAACAGUCGAUUUCGUCGACCACUUUACCUACCUUGGCACCAUAAUAUCAUCCAGUGGUGGAGUGGAAAAAGAUGUAGAGAGCAGACUGUGCAAGGCAAGAUCUGCAUUCGGAAGAUUGCACCGCAUUUGGAGAAAUCAGCAAAUAAGUAGAAGAACAAAGCUGCGGAUCUUCAAUGCGUGUGUAAAAUCCAUUCUUCUGUACGGAGCUGAGACGUGGCUAACCUCCCAAAGGAUGAUGUCAAAGCUGCAGUCAUUCAUUAACAAGUGCCUCAGGAUCAUAUGUGGGAUAUUCUGGCCCAACAGAAUUUCCAACAGUGACCUGUGGCGCAACACGGGGGAGGCUCCCAUCCAUCACCAAAUCAAGAAGAAAAAAUAG